UUUUUUUUUUUUUUUUCCUUUCUUCUUUAUAUUCAUCUGCGCCCCAGUCUGCAGGGCCGGUCCGGUCCCAGUGAACCGGGAGCGAGAUGCUCUUGGAAGAUGAUCUAGGAGACAAGGCAGAGAAAGGCAGCUGAGAGAUAUGGCAGUUCGAUUGGAUCUCUUAUAGCUGUUUUUCAUGGCUUUUGUUGCAGCUGUACUGUCAUUACCCCUGCACCUUGUUAUCCAUGUUCUAGUUCAACUUAUUACGUUUUAUCAUGUCCUUCUUCAGCCGCCUCUUUUUCUCUCUUCUGAUAUGAGAGCGAGUGCCGAAGAGCGGCAUUGGACCCGAGAUAGAGCCCGGCUGGUCUCGGGUCAACGAGUGCCUGUUCUGUUGCCGUGUAUCUCUUUUUUCUUUCUUGUUAUCAAUAUUCGGAGUCUUCCGAUGGCUUCGGACAAAGUGCCCGGAGACCGGGAGAGAGAGAGGGUAUCAUGAAUUUCAGUCACGGUCAUGUGCAGCAGCUGCGUCUGUAUGAGUCUUGAGACUAUCUGUGCCCUUCCGGGGUCACGUCCCGGCUCCGGGCCUUGAAAGUCAAUGAACCCCAAUGUCCAAUUUGGAGCACCCUUGCUUGUCUCCAGGUCACCACCCACGCUCUUAGGCUCUAGGCUCUCUCUCCACGCUCUCCCCCAAAGCACCCCCGGAUGUCGUCCGUGGAUCGGAUUGGGUUGAAGCCAUUCAAUUUGUCUACCUCGUCAUGGACAAUGCGCUCAAGUCAUGCAAUCACAAGCAAAAUGCGCUGAUUUUGGGGACCCCAUGAUUUGAUUUGAUCUUACUUGAGGUGUUUUGUUUGUCUACAAACUGCACAAUCUGCAUCACAUCCACUCCGGGUCUCCAUCCGUCCCCAGACGUGGAUUGCGCUACGGCCCAAGGUUACGAUGUCGAUGGCGAUGUGUGUUGUGUGAGUGGGUGAGAGUGGAUUAGUUAGUUGCCUUUUAGUGAAGGGUUUGGGGUCUCUUCUUUUCUUUGCAUUGCUCUGCUCUGCUCUGCUCUGCUCUGCUCUGCUCUGCUCUGCUCUGCUCUGCUCUGCUUUUUAUUACUAACAAUGCUUUUGUCUACGAGGGGAUUUCUAUUACCUAUGUCUAGACAUUAGUUCUGAGCCGAGUCUUUUUCUUGCCUUGUCUUGUCCUGUCUCGUCUGCCUGGUCUAUUUGUAUAAGGCUCUAUCCUCUCUUCCUGACUCAGUCGAGUUUCUUCUUUCUUUGAUCUUUACCUACCUAGUUCACGAUACCCUCUUACACCGACAAUAGUGUUGUUCUGGUGUAAUACUCUCUCAUUACUAUAAGAUUGGCCCCCGUGCUUGCGCUUGGAGUAAAUCUAUUACUGCCACAUCUACCCCGCGACCCUUACUCACCCCGCCAAAAAGUUCUGCUUCUGCUUCUACUACUACUACCCCCCACUAUCAUCGUCACCUCUAUCCUUAUACCUCGACUUCUUCCUCCUCUACCUCAUUCUUCUCUACCUAUCCUGCCAAAAUGAAAUUGACUUCAGAGAACAUCAACCAGCGAGUCGUCGCCGCCAAGUACGCCGUUCGUGGUGAACUUGCUGUCAAGUCCGAGGAAUACCGAGCCAAGAUCGCAAAGGGCGAUACCGGCGAUCUCCCCUUCAAACAGGUUAUUUCUGCAAACAUUGGCAACCCUCAGCAGCUCGACCAGAAGCCCAUCACCUUCUUCCGCCAGGUCGCCAGUCUUCUCGAGAACCCUAUACUGCUUCAGAACGAGGAGGCUCUCACCAAGCACUUUGGCUACCAGACCGAUGUCAUCGAGCGCGCCAAGUUCCUCCUGAGCAAGAUCGGCUCCGUUGGUGCCUACAGUGCCAGCACCGGUGUUCCUGCUAUCCGCGAUAGCAUCGCCAAGUUUAUUGAGCGUCGCGAUGGCUUCCCUGCAGAUCCCGAUCACAUUUACCUGUCCGCCGGUGCCUCCUCUGGUGUCAACACCCUUCUCAACGUCAUCUGCGCCUCCCCUAAGACCGGCAUCCUUAUUCCAAUUCCCCAGUACCCUCUCUACACUGCUACUCUCUCCCUCUUGGACGCCACAGCUGUUCCUUACCUCCUGGAUGAGCAUAAGAACUGGGGUACCGACGUCGACACCAUCCGUGCCUCGUACGAAAAGGCCAAGGCUGACGGCAUUGACGUUCGAUGCAUUGUCAUUAUCAACCCCGGUAACCCUACCGGUGCCUCUCUUCCCGAGGAGGACAUCCGUGCUGUCCUUGAGUUCGCCAACAAGGAGAACCUAGUUGUUAUGGCCGACGAGGUGUACCAGACAAAUGUUUUUGUCGGCAAGUUCCACAGUUUCAAGGCCGUCCUCCGCACCCUUGAGAAGGAGAACCCUGGCAAGUUCGACGGCCUCGAGCUCGCCUCUCUUCACAGUGUCUCCAAGGGCAUGGUUGGCGAGUGUGGUCACCGUGGAGGUUACUUCGAGCUUGUCAACUUCGAUGCCGAGGUCGAGGCCAACAUCUACAAGUUCAUUUCCAUCAUGCUCUGCGCCCCUGUUAUUGGUCAGUGCAUCGUUGAGUUGAUGGUCAACCCUCCCAAGCCGGGCGAGCCCUCGCACGAGCUUUACAAGAAGGAGUACGAUGGCAUCUUCACCGGUCUUCAAGAGCGUGCUACUGCCCUUCACAAGGCUUUCUCUCAGAUGGAGGGAGUCGAGUGCGCCGAGCCCCAGGGCUCCAUGUACCUCUUCCCCACCAUCAACCUGCCUGAGAAGGCCGCUGAGGCUGCCAAGGCAGAGGGUCGAAGCCCAGAUGAGUUCUACUGCAUGCGUCUCCUCGAGGCCACCGGUAUCUGCGUCGUUCCCGGCUCAGGCUUUGGUCAGAAAGAGGGUACCCUGCAUUUCAGAACAACCUUCCUCGCACCUGGCACCGAGUGGGUCGGCAGCAUCGUCAAGUUCCACAAGGAGUUCCUCGAGAAGUACCGAUGAAGCAUCAGUCGCAGCUGCGCAGUAUUGUCAUCAUGAGUCGAACCCCCGAUACGCCUGUCGCAAAGCCGGACUGGAGCGGGGCCCCAGGGAAAAGAAAGAGAUAAAAAUUUAGGAUUAUCAAACAGGAAAUCGUUUUGCAUAGUUUAGCGCCUUGAUAGGUAUUGGAUAGACAGAAGUUCACCAAUCUAACAUUUUUGUUAUAUGUCAAUAUGGCGUGUCCCACCUCAAUCAAUCAAUCAAUCAAUCAA